CAGAAAACUAGUGUGGAUCAUAGCCGUUGACAAGGUCCGGUGGGGCUGACAUCGCCUUUGGCGAGGGCCUCACCGGAGACCAAAAUCAAAGAAGGGAAGUUUAAUUAGAGAAGAUGAUGGGGUGCAUGUGGCCUUGUGCUGCUGCCGCCAUUGCUACAACUACAGCAGCUGCGAUGGGGAGUGGGCCUGGAAGGAGGGGAUGGUGGCUGUUCCGAUCAAAGGUGAGGUGCCCAGUGGAGGUGGUGCGUCAUUCAAGGGACCUGCUUAGUUAUGUUUUGCAAGACUGAGAGGCUCACAGCAACAAUCGUGACCCCAAGCGUGAACAAAAAGUGAUGGCAGAUCUAAGAAAAAGCAUAAGGGAGAUGAAGUGCAUCCUAUAUGGCAAUGGUGAUGCAGAUCCUGUCACUGAAGCUUGCACAAAUUUGACCAAGGAAUUCUUCGAAGACAAUACCAACACCCUGCGUCUACUAAUUGUUUGCCUUCCCUAUUUGGACUUAGAAACUCAAAAGGAUGUUACACAAGUUAUUGCAAAUUUACAAAGGCAAAAGGUAGAUUCGAGGAUUAUUGCAUCUGAUUACCUAGAAGCUAACAAAGACCUUUUGGACAUUCUAAUGUUUGGAUAUGAAAACAUGGAGAUUGCAAUACAUUAUAGCACGAUGUUAAGGGACUGCAUACGCCACCAAGUUGCUGCUCGGUAUGUAUUAGACUCUGAACAUAUGAAGAAGUUCUUUGAUUACAUACAAAUUCCUGACUUCAACAUAGCAUCAGAUGCCUUCAGGACUUAUAAGGAACUAUUGACAAGGCAUAAAUCAAGCGCUGCUGAGUUCUUUUCCAGGAAUUAUGAUUGGCUCCUGGGAGACAUUCUUUUGGAUAGGUCAAACAGCCCUGUGAUGAUUUGCUAUGUUAGUUCAAAGGAGAACCUGAUAAUUCUAAUGAACCUUCUAAGGGAACAAAGCAAGGCUAUUCAAGUCGAGGCUUUCCAUGUCUUCAAACUGUUUGCCGCCAAUCAAGACAAGCCACCUGAGAUUGUCAGCAUACUGUCCGCCAACAAAAACAAGCUUAUUAGGUUUUUAGGAGACUUCUCCCUAGAUAAAGAGGACCAACAAUUUGAGGACGACAAAGCUAAGGUCGUUGCAGAGAUCUCGAUGCUAUAACUGAAGAAUUGGAGAAUUGGAUGAGCCUAUGUUGUUUGUUUUUGUUGGUGUCAGAUCACAAACUAAAUUAAUGCAAAGUUGUUUCUUCCUUCCUAAUUUUGGGCCACGAGGAACAUGAUGCGCCACAUGCAUCUUCACCUAUGAAGUUAUGAGUAAAUUUCACUAACUAAUUAAUGUCAAUUUAAAAGAAUCAGAAAAAAAUACAUCAUAUUCA